AUGGCAAAAUUACCCAAGAUCACCUCUUUAAGAAAAACGAGAACCGCUUCAAUACGUUCAACGGAGCAGUUAUUCCACAUGGAUUCCGGGAAGCGUAGAUCGUUUACCGGCUAUGCGUUUUCAAGCGAAGACAGUUCAUUCGAAGGAUUCCGCCAAUCGGUGUAUCGCCCGGUGAACCCUGGACGAAGUCGACUAAAUGCGCUGCAUCGUUCUAAUACGUUAACUACCUCAACACCGUCCGGAGAUAAUUCUAAUCGGCUGUCGCUUUUAUCGACCUUUUCGUUAAGUAGAAGUCGAACACUUCCUGGCCGAUUAUUGUUCAGUCGGUGGUCGCCGAAUCCUAGUCGAUCACCGUCUCCGAUACGGCCUAACAAUGAAUCCAAUGGCUCGCUGGCAGAUGACAACAGCCAAAUGAGACGACGACGGGGGGGUAGCAGUGGGGGUGAAGAGAUGGAAUUAACAGUGAUUUCACCAUGUUAG